AUGUCUUAUCUUCUUCUCAUCGCUUGCCUGGUACUUGGUGCCAUAUAUGUCGUAUCACUCAAAUUCUUGCGUCGUGAUAUUUCUUCCCUCCCUCCGGGACCGCCUGGGUUGCCUGUCAUCGGCAAUGUGCUAGAUAUCCCUGCUGAUCGUCCUACCUGGCUCACGUUCGCCGACUGGGCGAAGAAAUAUGGUGAUAUAGUACACAUCUCAUUGCUAGGUCAAUCCUCUGUUAUCCUCAGCUCUCCGGAAAUCAUCUACGAGCUGUUCGACAGGAGAGGUGCUAUAUAUUCUGACCGACCCAGUCUGCCUAUGGCUGGUGACUUGGUCGGAUAUGUGGACUCCGUACCACUGUGCCCCUAUGGCAGUCGCCACAGAGAGUACCGCAGGAUGAUGUCCACCGGGAGUGUUCUGAGCCCUCGCAAGGCAUCUGAGCUAUAUCCCGUACAGGAGCAGAAAUCUCGAGAACUCCUCAUGAGAAUCAUGAACUCCCAGGCACAGCUGCGAUCACAGCUCCGGUGGGUAAUAGCCGCCAUCGUCUUCCAAAUAUCUCACGGAUACACUGUGCUGGACAUGAACGACCCACUAGUCCAGCUGGCUGAGCAGGCGAACCACGAAUUUGCGUUAUCCACUAUCCCUGGCGCGUAUCUUGUCGAUGUUUUACCUAUUUUACGAUACGUUCCGGACUGGUUACCUGGCGUGCACUUCAAGACACAGGCGAACCAAUGGCGCCGGACGACGGAGCGCUUGCGGGACGAGGCGUAUGAGUCUGUCAAGGCACAAGUGGCUGAAGGUACAGCUGCCCCUUCGUUCACGACGACUAUCCUGGAAGAGAACCCUCGUCUUCGCGAUGAAGAUGACAUUGUACUCCGAUGGGCAUCGACCUCGUUCUAUUCCGCGGGCGCCGACACCAGCGUUUCUGCCCUCGAGUCAUUUUUCCUCGCCAUGUCGCUGUACCCCGACGUCCAACGGACUGCCCAAGCCGAAAUACACCAAGUGGUGGGUCCGAGUCGCCUGCCAGGGUUUGUCGACCGCCCAAACUUGCCCUAUGUGGAGGCGCUGCUCAACGAAGUACAUCGUUGGAAUCCAGUAGCUCCCCUCGCCCUUCCGCACAGAUUGAUACGGGACGAUGUUAUCGACGACUACCUUCUUCCUGCAGGAUCCACUGUAUUCGCUAAUAACUGGGCAAUCUUACAUGACCCAGUGAGAUAUCCCGAUCCAUUCAAAUUCAUGCCAGAGAGGUAUCUCGCCAACAAUUCAGAUGGUAUUAACCCAGAACCGACGAAGUUUACUUUUGGCUACGGAAGAAGAGUCUGUCCAGGCCAAGGUCUCGCGGAUACCUCUCUCUUCAUCAUCAUAGCGAGGAUUCUCGCGGUGUUUGAUGUAUCGAAGGCCGUCGAUCCUCGUGGUAUGCUGAUUGAACCGAAUGAAGACUAUACAACCGGUAUGAUCAGUCAUCCCAAGACACUCGAUUGUCGUGUCGCCCCUCGAUCAGCUGAUGCGGAGAGGUUGAUAUCGGGCUAUGGACAUGGAAGUAAAUGUCGCUGA